UCCGCGUUCGUUUCCAAUAUGGCGGCGGCGAACCCGGAAGUGGGUCGGAGUAGACGCCAGAGCCGGGAACUCUGAGGUGGUUGCUGCCGUUCCUGGCCGGUUUCCACAAGGGAAAGAAGGAGGACGAGGACAUGUGUGGGAGCAGGUGGCACUAAUAAAGCCCCUUCCUUUCCUCUGCUGCCCGGGAUCUCGCCCGCCUCCUCCAUGAAGCAACCCGAAGCCUGAUGUCCUCCUUGCGCCCCGCCAUGGAGGCGGGAAAGAGCUGCCACUCAACGUAUACGCACCAGCAGUCGGGCAACACGCUCUAUGGGAUGCCCGCCCUUCCCGCCCAGCUGGGCCUGCCAACCAUAGAGAACCCUCCUUCUGGUUGGUGGAGCCCGGACCUGUAUUCAUCUGCUCCGUACUCAGCGCCGUCAUUUCUGAGCGAUAACCAGCAAUAUUUUAAUACCACUUGCGAUUUGUACACAAAUUCCAUCGGUGGGCUCCCGUUCUCCGAUACCAACUAUGCAACCCCUAGCUUUGCCGACUUUUUGCCGAAAAACGGCGAUUUUCCUCAGGACUCUGCAUACCUCAAUGAACUCUCCAGCAACUCCCUCUUCUCCUCCCCUGCGGACUCCCUUUCCGACAUUGCCGAUGCUCAGGAAUUCCUGCCCGCUGACAGCCUCAGUCGCGUGCCAACCAUAUGGGACGUCAGCACCCCACAGCAGCAGAACCAAACAGAGCCCUUGCCUCCUGACUUGGAGGGCCUAGAAUGCCUACAGGGAAUCGAAAGCCACAUCCCCACCACCCCACUCCUCUCAACGAUCCAGUCCCAAACUCAGGUAGAAGAGGAGGAGGAAGAUGACGAAACGGAGGAGCUGGGCCACACCGAGACGUACGCCGAUUACGUCCCUUCCAAAUGCAAACUUGGGAAGCAGCACCCCGACCGGGUGGUGGAGACGAGCACCCUCUCCAGCGUCCCGCCCCCUGACAUUACCUACACCCUCUCCCUCCCGGAGUCCAUUGCCGACAAUGGCCGACUGUCCGCACUACAGCUGGAAGCGAUUACGUAUGGCUGCCAGCAACAUGAGGUUUUGCUCCCCAAUGGGCAAAGGGCCGGGUUUCUCAUCGGGGAUGGUGCCGGGGUCGGGAAAGGCCGGACCGUCGCAGGGAUCAUCUUCGAAAACUAUCUGAAGGGAAGGAAGAAAGCCCUGUGGUUCAGCGCCUCGAAUGACCUCAGAUACGAUGCCGAGAGGGACCUCAAGGACAUCGAUGCACCCAACAUUCCUGUCCAUGCUUUGAACAAGAUUAAAUAUGGUGACACAGCUACCUCAGAAGGAGUCUUAUUUGCCACUUACUCCGCCCUGAUCGGGGAAAGCCAGGCCGGCGGACAGCAUAGGACCCGGUUGAAGCAAAUCCUGGACUGGUGCAAGGAGGACUUCGAUGGUGUUAUUGUGUUCGACGAAUGCCACAAGGCCAAAAAUGCCAGCUCCACCAAGAUGGGCAAAGCAGUAUUGGACCUGCAGAAUAAGCUGCCUCGCGCCAGGGUUGUCUAUGCCAGUGCCACAGGUGCCUCCGAGCCAAAGAACAUGAUUUACAUGAGCCGGCUGGGAAUUUGGGGAGACGGCACUCCCUUUCGCUCGUUCGAUGAGUUCCUGCAUGCCAUCGAGAAACGGGGAGUAGGCGCCAUGGAGAUCGUCGCCAUGGAUAUGAAGGUGAGCGGCAUGUACAUCGCCCGGCAGCUCAGCUUCUCGGGGGUGACCUUCCGCAUUGAGGAGAUCCCGCUCGACCCGGAUUACGAGAAGGUCUACAACAAGGCAGCGCAGCUGUGGGCUGAGGCCCUGGUGGUUUUCCAGCAGGCCGCUGAUCUGAUGGGCUUGGAGUCGCGCAAAUCCCUGUGGGGUCAGUUCUGGUCAGCCCACCAGCGCUUCUUCAAGUACCUUUGCAUCGCCGCCAAAGUCCGCCGCCUGGUGGAGCUGGCCAAGGAGGAGCUCAGCAAGGACAAGUGUGUAGUGAUUGGCCUCCAGUCGACUGGCGAGGCCCGCACCCGGGAAGUUUUGGAUGAGAACGAGGGACACCUGAACUGCUUUGUUUCUGCAGCUGAAGGCGUCUUUCUCUCACUAAUUCAGAAGCACUUUCCUUCAACCAAACGAAAAAGAGAAAGAGGAACGGGCAUUAAAAGAAAACGAAAACAACGCGUUCGCUGUGGCACAAAAGUCCCCAAAUCCACCUACGACCUCUCCAGCAACUGUAUCAAGAUCAGCUCCGACAGCAGCUCCGAUUCUGAGCCGGGAAUGGAGAGCGACUUCAACUCUUCCCCAGAGUCCCUUUUCGACAACGAUGAUGUGAUUCUGGUGGAGCGUGGCAGCACCAAUGGCCUAGCCUGUGAGGACCGAGGUGGCAUGUUAAUGCAAAGUUCCCAGAAAGAAAUGCAGGGUCCAGGCACAUUGGAACACGUUGAGAGGUUGAAGCAGGACCUCCUGUCAAAAGUGAAGGCACUGGGCAAAGAACUACCUCUGAAUACAUUAGAUGAACUGAUCGAUCACUUUGGAGGCCCGGAACACGUGGCCGAGAUGACGGGGCGGAAGGGUCGUGUGGUGCGUCAGUCUGACGACUCCGUUGUGUUUGAGUCACGGGCGGAACCCGGGCUCUCCAUCGACAAUGUGAACCUCAAGGAGAAAGAGCGGUUCAUGAAUGGAGAUAAACUUGUAGCAAUAAUCUCCGAGGCCUCCAGCUCAGGGAUUUCUCUCCAAGCGGACAGACGGGUAAAGAAUCAGAAGCGGCGUGUCCAUAUGACUCUGGAAUUGCCUUGGAGCGCCGACCGAGCCAUUCAGCAGUUUGGUCGGACGCACCGGUCCAACCAAGUGUCGGCUCCAGAGUAUAUCUUCCUCAUCUCUGAAUUAGCCGGGGAGCGGCGGUUUGCCUCCAUCGUGGCCAAACGUCUGGAGAGCCUUGGUGCCUUAACUCAUGGGGACAGAAGAGCCACUGAGUCCAGAGAUCUCAGCAAGUACAACUUUGAGAAUAAGUACGGGUCCAGGGCCCUCGACAAGGUCCUCCUCACCAUCCUCAACCAGGUGGAGAACAAAGUCCCGGUUCCCAAGAGCUAUGAGAAAGGAGAUGCUGCAUUCUUCCAAGAGAUGAAGCAGUGUCUUCUUUCGGUUGGGAUCUGCUGCAAAGAGAUGCGAUACGGCUUGGUGUCUGUGGAGAAAGACUGCUCCAUUGCCAAGUUUCUGAAUCGUAUCCUGGGCUUGGAGGUCCAGAAGCAAAACCUUCUCUUCCAGUAUUUCAGCGACACUUUUGACUACCUGAUCGACCGGGACAAGAAAGAUGGGAAAUACGAUAUGGGGAUUCUAGAUCUGGCCCCUGGUGUUGAUGAGAUCUACGAGGAGAGCAAAGAGGUGUUUCUGACUCCUGGCCACCCUCAGGACGGACAGGUCGUCUUUUACAAGAUCAGUGUCGACAGAGGCAUGAAGUGGGAAGAAGCCUAUGAAAAGUCGCUCCAACUGACGGGCCUCCAUGACGGCUUUUAUCUCUCCAAUAAGGUCCGGGGCAACAUGUACACCUGUCUCCUGGCCGAGCAGAACCGCGGAAAGAAUUUCACCCUCUACAAGCCCAACAUCGGGAAGCACAGUCAACCAGAGAGUCUGGAAAGCCUUCUCAGGAAAUACCAAAAGGUGUCGCCGGAAGAUGCCAAAGAACAUUGGGAGAGCAGCUACACCUUUUCCCUACAGUUCUGCAACCACGCCGUAUGGAACGGGCACUGCAAAAUGGUCCAAGACGGGAAGGAGUGUCUGCAGGGUGCCCGCCUGCGCCAUUACUACAUGCUUUGUGGGGCGCUGCUGCGGGUCUGGAGCAAGAUCGCCAGCAUCAUGGCCGACAUCACCAACACCAACUACCUGCAGAUCGUCCGCCUCAAGACCAAAGAGAAGAAGAAGCAAGUUGGGAUCAAAAUCCCAGAGUCUUGCGUCCAGCAGGUACUGAAGGAGCUGAAGCAGAUGGAUGAGAACGUGAAGCAGAAGCAGAAGCAGAGUCAAGUGUUGCUGGCAGCGACGACAGUAGCGGCCACUCGUCCGAACCUUCCUUACCCACUCCUUCAGCCGCUGGACCUCAGCCAGUCUGCGGCAGUGGCGGCGGGCGGCUUCCUGCCUUCCCAGCCCCCUUCUUUGCAGCAGGAUGAGAUUUUGGACCUGACCUACAGCCCCUCCAGCGACGAUGGCAUCCCGGACCUCUGGGCCACAGCUUCCCCACAACCGCCGCCUCCGCCGCAUUACAGCUUCCCCCCUCCUUACAACGGCGUUGCGGCAUUGCCUCUGGGCUCCCCAUCCCCACAUGAACACUUGCCCCCGGGAGCCCCUCCGCUCCCCAAUGGCUUCUCUUUGCCCAGCCAGGACAUCAACUACAAGGAGGUCUUGGAGGAGAUGUUGAACUCCCUCAAUGUGGGGCUGGAGGACAAUAACGCUGCCGUUGCCUCCACCCCGGAGCGCCAGAGCGUCAUCCAGUUCAGCGGCCCUUUCCCUGGCUUCUUCGACGAGGACAGCUGAGUCAGGGGGGUCUUCCCGGUCUUCGGGUUUGUUUUUUGUACCGAUUGGACCACUUCUCUCUCUUUUUUAAGAAAAACAGGGACGGGAACGGAGGGAAACGUAUACCUAACACAGAAGCAAAGUUUAUUUAUAUAUAUUAUACAGCCACCCGUGUACUAAAUUUUUUAUAUAUCUUAUCUAUCGACGUAUGUCUCAGAAUAGAUAACGUACAGAGUAGAGGUCUAGGGAUGGGGGAAAUUGGGGGAGGGGGUGGCAUAUUGAGGCACCUUAUCAGAGUGGCACGUCGCCAUUCCCCCCCGGCCUCUUCGCCCACCUUUUGAAGCUGCACCUCCCCACUCCUUUAUGCAAACUACUGAGUUGGAAAGCUACGAUCUUUAUACUUCCUUUCUAUUCCUUUCUUCUCAGGAGGGGAGGUUUCUCCAGGAGGGGAGCUCAAUCUGAACCUGCGGUGGCUCAGACACAAGCGUAUUGUGUGUAGUUUACCCCCUAUAAUUCAGUGGUGUCAAAUGUUUGGCCCUCCAGCAGUUUUGGACUUCAACUCCCAGAAUGGCCAUUGGAGGCCCAAACACCUGGAAGGUCAUACGUUUAUAAUACAGGGCUGGGCUUUAGCACAGCUGGUAAAUCAACAGCAGCAAUAAGAUCCUACCAACUGAAAGGUUGCCAGUUGGAAGCCCAGGUCAGGGUGAGCACCCGACUGUCAGCCAGCUUACUGUCCACCUAAGCAGCUCGAAAACAGCUUGACAGCUGUAAGUAGAGAAACUAGGUACCGUUUAAAGUGGGGGAGGUAUUUUACAGCACCAUAAAAGGAAAUACCAGAAAUGCUGGCAACCAAAAGGAAGGAAGAAAUCAGUGAUGUCUCUUUGUCAUAGAGAAUGGAGCAAUAGCAUCCCCGGGGGCUGGAAUUGAGCACAACUUCCAGAAGUUGGAUGUCGACACAACAUACUUCUGUCUGUUUGUCCUGUCUGUUUCAGCGACAUUGAAUGUUUGUGGUGUAUGUGUUCUGUGAUCCACCCUGAGUCCCCUUGGGGAGAUAGGGAGGAAUAUCAAUAAAGUGUAUUAUUAUUUUAUUUAUAGUCCAUUCUGUCUCCCUGAGGGGACUCAGGGUAAAUUACAGAACACAUAUAUGGCAAACAUUCAGUGCCAUUAUACAAUUGACAAAGACAGACAGUACAUAAACAGAGGUAUAGGCUUUUCCCAUCUUUCUCUAUCUCUGGCAUCUGGAGGCUAGGAGCUUCCGGUGGCGCAAUGGGUUAAAUCCUUGUGCUGGCAGGACUGAAGACUAACAAGUUGAAGGUUUGAAUCCGGGGAGAACGCAGAUGAGCUCCCUCUGUCAGCUCCAGGUCACCAUAUGGGGACAGGAGAGAAUCCUCCCACAAGGAUGGUAAAACAUCAAAACAUCUGGGCAUCUCCUGUGCAAUGUCCUUGCAGAUGGCCAAUUCUCUCACACCAGAAGCAACUUGCAGUUUCUCAAGUUGCUCCUGACACGAAAAAAAAAAAUCUGGAGGCUGUGUUCGACUCUGGCUACAGAGAGGUGCUGUCACUCCAUCUUCCAUGCCAAGGAGCUUUUCUUUGUCUGUUGAUGACCUUCCUAUCAAAACAUCGGCACCUUUUUAAUUACCUUCCCCGCAUAAAGCAAGAUUGUCUGCAGUUGGCAGCUAACCCGCUGUGCUAAAGCCAAGGAAUUUCACUCCAUGCCAUUUCUUUUUUCCUUUGCUUCACUCAACUGGGUAUCUAUUGACUCGCACCUGUUGGUUCAAUCUGGAGAGUGUCCCCUAAAGUUUCUAGACCUCAAGGAGGCAGGGAAGAGUUUGCAAAUGGAGAUGAAAUUUGGGAGGAGAGUCAAUGGGUCAAAAACCCAGGAAGGAGAACUUCUCCAUAAUUUGUAGACAAAUUAUGAGGACUAGGACCUUGUGUCCCUCUUGAGUCAAAGCCCCUUCUCGCUAUCUUUGUCAAUACUUUCCAUUUCACAGCUUCUUUCUGUUCCAACUGGUUGGAUUGUGAGCGAAAGCUUCCUUGUCCUUGUAUGUCCUUGGAUCUGGCCUUCCUCCUCCAAUGAGUCUGAGAUGGCCUUUGGUGGCCUAAGCACAUACAUUGAAGUCAAACCAUCCUACACAUUUCGGACGUUCUCACUCUCAUCCCCAAAACCCAUAGCUGUUAAAGAGCUGUAUCCAAAAGCCAAGGGGGGAGCUGUGUACAGUUGAAAGGCUGCCGGUUAUCCCUCACCAUUGGCGGCUGCUGGGAGUUGUAGUUCGGCAUCAUCUUUGCUGCGUUUCACUCCCUCCAUCCUUCUGGCCCGGUGGAACGUUUUGAAUCUUUCCUGGCUCUCAAUGAGCAAAUUCUCCACAUUUCCCAACUUGUAAUAACAACUUUCCUUCAAGUUUGUUUUGAAUUAUGGUACAUAUCAUUCCCAACAUCUGAACCAGAUGGGAAUCGUAGUCCAAAACACUUGGCGUCUGGUUUUCCGGGAGGCCGGACGAUGGUGUCAAAACGCUUGGCAGGUUCAUCUUUUUAGGAUUCUCUCCGGCUUUUGGUCCUCCGGGUGUUUGUGACACUGACUCCCAGAAUCCCUGGCAGUCAAAGUCCCAGAUUUCAGAGGACGAGGGAUGGAAGAGCGCAGAUCUACAACUGUGUGUGCUUUUCUGCUCUUUUGACCGUAGGUUGCAGGAUGUUGGGAGUUAGGAGGAGGUAUUUGCAGCCGAUUCGGAGCAGCGCAUCAAUGCAACAAUGCAUUUCAAGCCUAGGAGUGUAACGAUCACAACAGCAAGUAGGCAGGUUGGUAGGUAGAUAGAAAUCUCCAAAGCCUGUGCCCUCCAAGUAUCUGUAGGGUAUUUUCCAUUCUUUUGCUCCCACCCCAUAGCACCAACCUUCAAAUUGGAGUUAAGGAAGCAGAGCAUUAAUCCCAUUUGUACAGUACUCUUUGGGUUCUGUACAUUUCCGAAGCUCAAACCAUUUCAUUAGCAAGGUUUUGAUAAGUUCCUGGAUAAGAGCAGGAUGGAGCGGAGAAGACCAUAUAAAACUCAGGAAAAGGAUUUGGAGGCACUCUUUGAAGUCCUCCCCCAAAUAUAUAAUAGUAUGUGGCUACUUUAUGGUUGCUGAAUGGGAUUGGCCCCCUUCCUUUCCUUCCUUCUUUCCUUCCUUCCCUGCCACCCUGCUCGCACCCCUCCUCCCUCCCCUCCCUUCCUUCCUUCCUUCCUUCCUUCCUUCCUUCCUUCCUUCCUUCCUUCCUUCCUUCCUUCCUUCCUUCCUUCCUUCCUUCCUUCCGUGGAGGCUGGACCAUCUCUCUCCCCUUUAUAUACAAUCCCCGCUCCAGGAUCUCGCCCUUCGCCUUAUCAGGAGAAUUAAAUACUACUACUAUGUUAACAGUGACCUUUUAAACUAAAUUAUUACACUGUUUUGUUUCUUAUUGAUUGUAUGUAUUUUUUUUAGGAAAAAAAAAGUGGUGGGAAAAAAACCACGCAACACCUUCCCCUUUUUCCUCUUCUGUCCCUCAAUGGCACUUUCUAAUCUGCUUAAUUAUCGUAAUAAUAAUAAUAUUAUUUUUUUCUAUGCAUAUUUAUAAUUCAUGGGGAAUUGUAUAUAUGUAAAAAAAAACAAACCUGAGGGAGGGAUAUACUUUUCUUUUGUCUUCCUCCUCUUUGUUGGUUUUUGUUGGGGAAAAAAAUAUGUGCCUUUUGAAUGAAUGAUGCCGGGAUUUUCUAUUUGAACCCGAAGGAUUAAAAUUGUUGCCAUUUCCGCUCAAUGGAGACGGUGGGGCGUCACAGGUU